GUGAUUGAGAGGAAAUAUCUGGAACGGGCAGUUCUGAGCGAAUCGUCCAUGGAGGGGGAUGGAAAUGAAACAAUCGAGGAAGGUAUUAACAUCCGACAAGGUUUCUUGUGUCCAUUCUGUUUGGAAGACCUUGGUGAUGCAUCGCAUCUUUUUGCUCACGUGGACAAGUAUCAUCCUGCGUCGACAUCUUCUGCAAACGGAUUCGACCAUCUUAAAGGGCUCUUCGGUAAGGCUAAGCAAAAGAUUAUGCAAAUGGAUAAGCCGUUUUCAAGUCUGGAUCUUCCUACCUUAGGUACAGGCCCGUCCGUGGUCAUAUCAGAUGUAAGAAGGAGCGAAAACGAACUGCUAAGAAGACGAAUAAGUCCACAAAGGAUUGACUCAGUGCAGGAAAUGGGUGUCUGCCGUAGUCAUAAGGAGUACUUUUUGAAGUGUCGAGCUCCAUGCAUAAAUGAUGCUGCCAUGCGAACAAAUAAUUUAAUCAUCCGUCUUGAUAAACUUAUUAAUCAGUGUCCGGCAGACGUAAACCAACGGAAAGAAUUUGAACGAAACACAGUGCCCUGGGUGGCUGAUAAAGAGUCGAAUGCGUGCCGAGUUUGCAAUGAGAGAUUCACAAUAACUCGCAGACGACAUCACUGUCGUUUGUGCGGAAAGAUGAUGUGCCACGCAUGCUCGCAGUUCCUCUCAUUCAUUACUGCACGGAAGUUAACAAAUCCAGCGUUUGCCGCACAAAUGUUGGAGGAAAUGUCACGUGCUGAGUUGGAGAGUUCAAUUGUGAAUCAGUCAAAACCCAAUUAUGCAUCCUUGUCAUCAUCAAAAUCAUCGUCGACAUCUAUGACUGAUGCAAUCAGAAACGCGGUUUCUGGUGACUCUCUAAUGUCAGUGCGAAAGAAGAGUGAGAAAAUAUUCUCGUCGACUUUAGCGAUAAUGAAAGGCGACGGCAGUGAAGUCAGUUUAUCGUCAUUACUGCAGCAGUUACAGGAUGAAGAUCAGCACUUGCGGAUAUGUGCCGUAUGCAAAGGCCUCUUGAGUGCAAGAGACGAAAAAAUGGAGCAAAUGAGUGUAUCGCCGAUGGUUGUUGUUCUGUACGAUCGAUUAUGCUCGCUUAUAAGGGAAGCCGAAAAGCUUACUUCGUCGUAUGCACGUAUGCAUGAUUCCCUGAAUAAAGGUGAGUCUAUGUACACCCUCGAAUCAGCAACUCAACUGCGUAAAAAGGUUGUUUAUCUGCAGCGUGAAAUCGAUUCUGUGAGCGCUAAAAUUGAAACGUUAGGAACGAGUGAAGAUUCGUCACAAAAAAUAUCACCUCGUGAACGUGUCUUACAAAAGAACAUUCGUCUGCUCGCCAUAAGUACACUACAGUGGAUAAUCUCGCAAUUGAGAGCUCUUCCGAGCGAAGACGAAUACAAACGAUUACAAGAGAACCGACGCGCAGAAAUUAAGCGUCAAACUGAAUUGCAAGCCGAGCGAAACGCAUUCAUUGUGAAUCCUUGCUCUUCGAAUACUUCACUGAAGGACUUGACACAUGCUGCGCCUGAAGAUGAAAAUGUGAGAGAGGUGCGUUCAAAGGAUUAUUCAGACUCGUUUACGAUCAUCGAACCUGCGUCAGCGUUCGGUGAUGAUGGGUGGACACCAUGUACACAGCCUUUACAUGCGUACAAUCCGUUCGUUGAUGACGAACCUAAGAUCAAUCCUUUACAGGAACAAAUUUAUAACAUUAAACGUUUUCUGAAACAAGCAGCAGAAGACGGGCGUCUCAAUGAAGUGGAGAUUUUAGAGAAGAAUUUGUGUGAUUUAGAAAAUGAACUCAGGUUGCGUACUACGGAUAAUGACCAAUAA